GAGGCAGUCUUUGUUCUGUGUGCUACUCCAGGCAGUCUAAGUGAGAGUCUUGGAGAGUCAAGGAGGAAAGCACGUGUGACAGACACUGUUAAUAUGCACAUUUUGCACUAAAAUACUUUUUGGGGGGAUUUUGGAUUUUAAUAAAAAUGAAACCACGCCUCAUGUUUUGGCUGAUUGGUGCGCAUCUUGCCUUAUGGUGUCUCUCAUCAGCUCUUCAUGUGAUGGAGGAGAGAGCAUCCAAUGGUCACCUGGUCCUCACAGAGCUAGUUGGCGUUCCUCUUCCUCCUUCUGUAUCUUUUGUUACUGGCUAUGAAGGUUUCCCCGCCUACAACUUUGGGCCGGAAGCCAACGUCGGUAGACUGACCCAAAUAUUUGUGCCCGAACCCUUCUUUAGUGACUUUGCCAUUAUUGUUACCCUCAAACCCUCCAGCCCUCGGGGAGGGGUGGUGUUUGCCAUUACCGAUGCCUCCCAGAAGAUUGUUCAUCUGGGCUUGGCCCUGACACCUGUGGAGGAUAAGACCCAGAAGAUCUUACUGUAUUACAGUGAGCCAGGCCCUACUGACACCAAGCAGGUGGUUUCUUUUAAAGUACCUGACAUGACACAGCAGUGGAACCGCUUCACGUUGACAGUUGAGCGGGAGGAAGUCCGGCUCUAUAUGGACUGUGAGGAGUACCACAGUGCUACCCUGAAGAGAAGCAAGAAACCGCUCAGCUUUGAGUCUGGCUCGGGCAUCUUUGUGGCUAAUGCAGGCGGAACUGGUCUGGAGAGAUUUGUGGGGUCCAUCCAGCAGUUGGUAAUAAAACCAGACCCAAAAGCAGCUGAAGAGCAGUGUGAAGAAGAUGAUCCUGGAGCCUCAGGGGACAGAAGUGGUGACGGUGAAUAUUAUGAUGAAGAAGACCACGGCAAACGUGAGAACAUCGAUAGUGGGACACACAAGGGCCAGAAUAAAGAAAAGUCACAUGGGCCCACCUCUCCUGUGCAAGCCCCACCCACUCUGCCACCCGAUGUGGAUGAUGGUGACUUCUCAGGACAUGUGACCCCUAUAGAUGAAAGGCUGUUUAGGGGGACAUACAAAACAGAUAAAACAGAGGAGAUUACUAGGAAUGAUUCUGGCCAUGGACAUAAAGGGGAGCGUGGAGCACCUGGAUCUCCAGGCCCUCCGGGUCCUCCUGGACCACCUGGACCUACUUCCACACCCAAACAUACAGAUCAACCUGGACAGAGAGGCCCACAAGGUCCAAUUGGUCCACCGGGAAAACCAGGCAGGCCAGGAAAUGCCGGACAACCUGGAAGCAAAGGUGAAGAAGGAAACCAAGGACCACAAGGACGUCCAGGACUGUCUGGUGAGUCUGGGAUGAAAGGGGAGAAGGGUGAUCCUGGAGUGGGUCGGACUGGACCACCUGGUCCACCAGGGCCUCCUGGACCAUCAGGCUCCUCCAAACCAGUCAAAGUUCCAUAUGGAUUUGAUGCUAUCAGUUCUGGAUUUGGGGAUGUUGACAUUGAUACAGAACUUCUUAGAGGUCCACCUGGCCCUCCUGGGCCUCCAGGUAAACCUGGACCCCCUGGUCCUCAAAGUCCAUCAGGAGGAAUGAUCCCCGGACACCCUGGCUUACCAGGAACCCCUGGCAAAGAUGGACUAGAUGGGCUUACUGGGACACCUGGAUUUCCUGGUAUUCCUGGUAAGGAAGGAACAGUAGGACCACAAGGACCAAAAGGAGACAAAGGGGAACAGGGACUAAGAGGACCCCCUGGACCAAAGGGGGAAAAUGGUGACCCUGGAUCAAGAGGUCUACCUGGCCCCAUGGGGCCAAUAGGACCAAGGGGUUUACCUGGACCACCCGGUCCACCAGGCAACAAAUAUAUGGACACUCUGAAGGACUUGGAGGGUUCUGGUGAAAGCGGGUUAUUUCUUGGAGCAGGAAUUUUAAAUGGCCACAGAGGACCGCCUGGGCUUCCUGGCCCACCAGGACCUCAGGGACGUCCUGGUAUUGAUGGAGCUGCUGGUUUGACCGUAAAGGGUGAGCCUGGAGCCCCAGGACCUAAUGGAGAACCAGGAGUAGCUGGGUUUCCAGGAGCCAUAGGGCCGAAGGGGGAGAAGGGCAGUCAAGGAGAGAAGGGUGAAAGAGGUCGUGAUGGACUGAACAUCAUAGGACCACCUGGGCCUCCUGGCCCACCUGGACCCAUACAACGUAUCCAGGAUUUUCUUUUAAAUGAUACUAAGCUCAGAGGACCAGCAGGCCCUAGGGGUCCAGAGGGUUUGCCUGGAAAAGCAGGAUUGCCGGGCCCAAGAGGACCAAAAGGUGACAUCGGGUUUCCUGGUAUUCAAGGGCCUCCAGGACUAAAGGGGGACAAGGGGGAGCCAGGUGUAUCUAUAGCUGCUGAUGGCUCUCUGAUAACAAGCCUGAAAGGACCAAAAGGAAUCAAGGGUGACCGAGGGCGACCUGGGGAACUUGGGAUUAGGGGGCCAGUUGGACCACCAGGACAAAAAGGAGAAUAUGGAAUUCCUGGUCGGCCGGGUCGGCCUGGAUUCAAUGGACUAAAAGGGGACAAGGGUGAUGCUAGUGGUCCACCUGGUCCACCCGGUCCACCUGGUCCUCCAGGGCCACCAGGUCGAGUGAUUGGCCUCAAAGGAACAGUUUUCCCAGUUCCUCCUAGACCGCACUGCAAAAACCCAGGCAACAACAGCAGUUCACAACAAGUGUCUAUGUUUCCUAAUGGUUAUACGGGUGCUAAAGGUGAUACUGGCUACAAAGGACAAAAGGGUGAGAAAGGAGAACCAGGGCCUCAAGGGCUCCCAGGAAGACCAGGCCCUGUGGGGCCUAAAGGUGACUCUAUUGUCGGUCUUCCUGGUGAACCUGGGGCUCGAGGCCUGCCAGGACUACCUGGCUAUGGCAGUCCAGGACCACAAGGGCCACCGGGACCUCCUGGGCCACCAGGUACCCCACCAGUGCAUGGCUCAGCCGUAAGCCUCCCUGGACCUCCUGGUCCCCCUGGCCAUGAAAACCCUGUGAGCACAUAUAAAAACACUCAGGAAAUGAUGCGUGAGACCCAUCAAGCUAUUGCUGGCAGUAUGGGAUAUGUUUUAGAUAAGAGUGAAUUGUACAUCAGGGUACAGGAGGGUUGGAGGAAAGUGCAGUUGGGAGAAUUAAUCCCAGUUCCUGAAGGCAAUUCCUUUUUGUCACAAGGCCUUAGAAGACCCAGUGACCAUAGUGUACCUAAAAUAAACAGCGAGGAGUUGAAGAACUUUUUGCCAAGCUACAAUUUGCUCCCACACAGUGCACACACAGUGCCAGGGUUGCACCUGGUAGCACUGAAUGCCCCAUUCUCAGGGGACAUGCGUGGAAUCCGUGGGGCAGAUUAUCAGUGUUACCAACAAGCCCGUGCCAGGGGGGCAACGUCCACUUACAGAGCAUUCCUCUCCUCUCACCUGCAAGACCUCUCCACCAUCGUAAGGAAAGGAGACCGCUUCAGCUUGCCAGUGGUGAACCUUAAAGGUGAAGUGCUUUUCAACAGCUGGAUGGCGAUGUUUUCCGGAGACGGCGCUGUUUUUGACCCGCUUGUUCCGAUUUAUUCUUUUGAUGGACGAAAUGUCAUGACGGAUCAGGCUUGGCCUCAGAAGCUGGUGUGGCACGGAACGAGUCCCACGGGCAUCCGUAUGACAACUAGCUACUGCGAGACGUGGAGGACAGGUGACAUGGCGGUGUCCGGACAGGCAUCUUUACUACAGACGGGCAGACUGCUUGGGCAGCACACACGUAGCUGUUCAAACCACUUUAUUGUGCUUUGCAUUGAGAACAGCUACAUGCAGGACCCUGGAAGACAAUAGACAGUUGGACUAACACCAUUUACACUGCAAAUGUAGGGAAAGCUGGACUAUUGGGAGAAAUAUCCAAUGUGCUCUUUUAAGAGCACAUAGUUAGUUUUACUUCUACUCUGAAAAUGAUGUAAAUAUAUAUAAAUCACUUACUGACAUUGUUCAGUCUGCAACCCACUUACUUUCAAACAACUAUUAGAAUGCCAAAGUAUACCUCAGCCAGACAUCAACAAACAGGGGUAGAUCUUAUUAAUACAAAUGCACCACAUUACUGUGUCUACUCAGAUGGUUUAUUUGUCCAUAAUUAUUAACUAAUACAUUUUUUUUUACUCUAGAGACAUUUUAAACUAAAAAAAUUGAUAGAUGCAUCUUUCUAAACAAGGUAUAAGUUGUUUUAAUGCACUGUAUUAAAAUUUGCUUUUUUUCUCACCCCUCUUAUCUGUCAACUUCUUAUCAGAGCAUUUAACAGUAUGUCUUGAAUGAUUAAUUUAUAAUGUAAAAGCACAUUAACACUAACUCCAGUCCAUAAUUCAUUUUUAAAUGCUGACCACAUUAUAUCCCUUCAAUCUGCUUUAGAAUGUGCAACAUAUUUAGAAAAACAAUUUUAAAUUAUAAGUUACAAUGGUGUCACUUUUAGAAAUCUGUUAUGAGUAUGUAACUUUUUACAUAUUUAAAUGGUGCUCAGUGAAUAAAUGUGUUGUUUUAUA